AUGUAUCUUUAUUUCUUUAGUUUUCUAAUUGUCUCUCUCUGGCCUUUCUUUUUAUUCUUGUUUCUUUGCUUGUCUUUCUUUUUCAUUUUUAUCUAUUUUCUCUUUCUUUUCUUCUUUCUGUUUCUCUUUUAUUUAUUUUUCAUUUCAAUCUUCCUUGUCUUUCUUACAUUCUUCCUUUAUUCCUUCUUUUUGUUUCUACCACGGCUCGUCUUAUUUCGGCCUUCAUUUUUUAGAUUUUCUCUCUUUCUAUCACCAUUCGAAUACCUUCUUUCUUUCUUUCUUUCUUUCUUUCUUUGCUUCCUUCCUUCCUUCCUUCCACCUCAAUCAGCCCUGUGGUCAGAGGACGAAAUAAGUCUCAUUUUUCUUUCUUUCUUUCUUUUUUUUCUUUCUUUCUUUUUCUUUCUUUCUUUUUCUUUCUUUCUUUCUUUCUUCCUUUCACGUCAAUCCAUCCUGUGUCUUUCUUUCUUUCUUUCUUUCUUUCUUUCUUUCUUUCUUUCUUUCUUUCUUUCUUUCUUUCUUUCUUUCUUUCCUUCCUUCCACGUCAAUCUGUCCCGUGAUUUUCUUUCUUUCUUUCUUUCUUUCUUUCUUUCUUUCUUUCUUUUCUUUCUUUCUUUCACACAUUCUUUCUUCCUUCCCCGUCAAUCGAUCCUGUGGUCAAAGGACGGAGAGUAG